CUUUGUCGCUUCUUAUACAUGAUAAAUAUCUGUGCAGGGUUUCUGUCGAUGUUUUCCGGCGAAUGCAUCUUCAUACUCAGAACGCUUGCAGUAUGGGAGCAGGAUAGAAGGUUCGUGGUGUUCAAAAUCAUCAACAUCAUUGCCUAUUUAGUGCCAAUCAUCGUCCUCUUUUCUGAAUUUGAGGUGUCAGCAGGAGAAUGCUCGAUCCCUGGCGGUAUCGGAUAUGUGAAUACAAGGGGAAGGUCUUCAGUGAUUGCCGUGUACUGCUUGCUAAUGCUUGCAGAGUUAGAAAUAUUGUUGCGUGUGCUGUAUCGCGCCUUCGAGAGCCAUGGUGGCUGGAGGAUCGAAAACCGACUUAUGCGUGGUCUCGUGCAUCAUAAUUUAUUGUACUGCGGCUGCAGCUUUGCUUUUUCUCUCGGUGUCGUCCUCGCUACAGUCUACCUUCCGUUUCCGGUGGUACACGUUAUUGCCGAGACUCAGGUCGUUAUUCUAUCUCUCUUGGUCACGCGAAUGCACAGGGACUUCUGGAGAUCGGAUCGUGCUGCUUGUGGCAUUGAUGGAGUAGAUCUCUCUCUCACAACGUUUAUGGCAGCAACCCCAGAUGUUAUGUGAUGGGUAUUUUUCCCUCUGAAGCAUCGUGCACCUUCUAUCUGAUCGAGGAAAGACUCUCAGAAGACGGGCAAUGCUAAUGGGUGUCUCGAUACGCUUGAUGGACGAAGUAUAUAUUACCAGUAGACUAGAUCUUGUCAUAACAUAUGUAAGAAG